CAUUCCAUUCGUCUGUUCAAAUAUCUAGAAAUUGUAGAAUGGAACGUCAAAUCGCCGAAUGAUAUGUCAUUUUUGGCUUUUCGUGAAGUGUAAUUUUAAAAUAUUUUCAGUGUUUCUUUCUGAAAGUAUAAUAUAAUACAGUUUUAUAAUUCAACAAUAUGUCGAUCUUAGCGUACAAUGGAGGUGCGGUAGUAGCUAUGAAAGGGAAGGACUGCGUGGCCAUCGCCACCGACAAGCGGUUCGGUAUCCAGGCACAGACCGUGUCCACCAACUUCCCCAAAGUGUAUCAAAUGAGCCCCACCCUCUAUGUGGGACUCCCGGGGCUCGCUACCGACACACAAACUGUGUUUCAAAGACUUAAGUUCAGAAUGAACCUGUAUGAGCUAAAAGAGAACCGCACCAUGACACCUAAAACCUUCUCAGCAAUGUUAUCCAAUCUGUUGUAUGAGAGGCGCUUUGGACCAUACUUUGUGGAGCCAGUCAUUGCGGGCUUGGACCCCAUCACUGAGAAACCCUAUGUCUGCAAUAUGGAUCUGAUUGGCUGCCCCAAUGAGCCAGAAGACUUUGUUGUCUCUGGCACGUGUUCGGAACAGCUGUAUGGAAUGUGUGAGGCGCUGUGGGAGCCCAACCUAGGCCCUGAUGACCUGUUUGAGACCAUUUCACAGGCGCUGGUGAACGCGGCCGACCGCGACGCGAUCUCCGGGUGGGGCGCCGUGGUCUACAUCAUAGAGAAGGACAAGAUCACCGAGAAACACGUCAAGACACGGAUGGACUAGGUUAACGUUAUUAUUUUAUGUAUUCGGCAUUUUGUAUUAAAAGUGGUUUAAGUA